CAUGUCUUCGCAUGGUUAUAAUCCAAAUGUACAUGAAGCUACAUUACCUGAAGAUUCAAAUAAUACCAUUAACCCCCUUCUUUCUGAGAUCACUGCCUAUUUUGUUGACUGCGGCUUUCAAGAAAGUCUUGUUAGAUCCUUUCUAGAGGGGGAAGUUCAUCUUGACCUCAGGACAAAUGCGGAACUUAUGUUCGAUUUUCUAGAAGAACGCCAGCGGUUGGAUCCAACAAUCUUCGUUGGCAUCGAGGGAAGUGGUGUAAGUGGGAUAGCAUCAGGUGAAGAUAAAAGAUUACUUGUGAAGUGGGGUCUUACAGAGGAAGCCGCAAGCGAACUCCGUAAUAAUGACUUUUUAAGCAGCAAUACGAAAGUUGCUGAUGCUAAUACGAUGUGUAGUACCUACCGUGCUUUCUUUCACGCAACGAAUCAACAAAGCGCCCAAGCUAUCA